GGGAAGUGUUACUAAUGGAGUAGUGUUGGGCUGUUUUUGUUCACAUCAGCCGUACAGAGUAGUUGCCACAUUACUGUCUGUGUUUUGUGUGCUGUGGCACAGACCUUAGACCUUACAUCUGACUCAAUAACUGUGCAUCAGAACAAACCCAGAAAUGAACUGCAGCAACAGCAGCAUCAAAGUGCCCGAAACUUUUCAUCUCAUUCAGCUGAUAGUGUACAUCCCAGUUUUCCUUUUUGGAAUCCUAUUUAAUGCUCUGGCUUUCUGGGUGUUUUGCUAUAAACUGUCUAAAUGGACAGAAACCAGAGUGUACAUGAUCAACUUAAUGAUUGCCGACUGUUGUUUGCUCUUCACUUUGCCCUUCAAAGCAUUUUCCCACAACCAUGAGCUGCCCCGAGAUAACAAGUGCUUGGCUUUAGAAGCUACAUAUUUUAUAAACCGGUAUGCAAGCAUCUAUAUUAUCACCAUCACCGCUGUUGAUCGAUACAUUGCAAUAAUGUACCCCCUAAAAUCAAUAACUCUGAGGUCCCCGUUCAAGGCAGCUAUCACCAGUGGAUUUCUAUGGCUACUAGUGAUAAGUUUUGUUUGCUUAGCUGAAGUAUCGGAAGAGCAAGAAAACCAUGGAAUUUGCUUUGAAAAGUUUUCCACGGAGCCAUCCAAAGGGGCAUUAGCCUUUACUAUUGGGGGAUUUUUUAUUCCAUUAAUCAUCUUGAGCUUUUGUUCAAUUCAAAUAAUUAAGAAGCUUGUGAGAAAGAAGAAAACAAAUCCACAUGAGGAAAAACUAAUCCAGAAAGCGAUCUACAUUGUUUCUGUAAACAUGGCUGUGUUCAUAAUAUGCUUUUUACCUGUUAAUAUUGGGCACAUUGUUCGGUUUAUUGUGGAUUCCACCAGCACCAACUGCUCAGUAAUAUACAAAGGUAAUGUAUUCUUGCACAUGGCCUCAAUCAUAGCAAACACUAACUGCUGCAUAGACGCCAUUUGUUAUUACUUUGUAAACCAGGAAUUUCAGGAGGCAUCGUCCAUGUUACCAAAGACAAAAUCUGUGAAGUCGCUGUCUAAUCACAGCUAAGGCUCAUCUCUCUAUAUGCCAUUGGAUAAUAUAAAAUUUAGGUAAUAUAUAUGUGACCCAGCUCACUGCUUUCCUUUCCCCAGGGAGGGAACAUAAAAAAGCAGGACAGCUGGUCCUCCCUAUCAAACCUGCUCAUACUAAUCUUGACUGAAUGGGUGAGAGUUUCUUGAUGGUGCAUAUUGAAGAUUGGAUUUUCAAACUCUAAGAAGCCCAGGAUACACAAUUACCGCACAUUCAAACUGGAAUUCACAUGCAAAAAUAGCUAGUUAAAUGCUUGUCUAACUUAUCUGCAUUCACAAAUGUGAUAAUUGCACAACUGCACACAUAUUUUUGUACCGAACACAGGUGUCUUAAGGUUGAAAGAGAUAUCCCUGAAGCCAUAUGCUACAGAUAUAGGUGGUGGCCAUGCAAGCCCUGGCCUGACCACUAUUAAGCUCAGGGUCACAGUGCCACUCAGAUUUGGCUCAGCCAUCCCCUGGGUCUUGCUAUUUCUGGUGGGCAGAAAAUGCAGCCCAUGCACCUGGGCCACAUAUGAGUGAGUUGCAUUGAAACAUGGCUCUUGGGGUCCCAGAACCAUUCAGAUUUACUCCCUUCCCCCUCCAUUAAAUGGCUCUCCACAGCCUUUGACUAUCUUUAGCUAUGAAGCAUAUUGCGGGUUGUUGCUUUCAUCAUCUGUGGAAAAUGAGAGUUGGAUCUUCUUGUAUGGAAGCCAGAGCUCACCUGAGUGGUUUGUUAUUUACAUGAUAAACUGCAAAUAGACUUGUGCUUAACUGGCUGAAUCACUGCAAGCAGUAAAACAGCAGUGUGUACCAGGCCAUAAUAGUGGGAUAGAGAGCCAUAGGCAUAUAGUAUCCACCAAGAAGCACCAAAUCAUAGUAUUCAAAAAAUGUGUGCAUAUCAGUUGGAAAGAUGACCUGACACCAUCUCUGAAGGAAACAAGAUGCAGGUGUCUUGUUUUCUUAUGCCAAAUGCAUCAGGCUCACUUCAGAUGAUCAGAGAGAAGUUAACUGAGUUUAGGAGAAAGCAUGCGCUAACGAUCCCAACCUGCCCCCUCAGCGUUUUACCAUUGGCUUCACUGAGGGCAAGAUCUGGGCCUAACUCAUUGGGUAAUGGAAGGGGGCUGAAAAAGAGACUUGGACUCCAUGAACACCCUUUGAAAAGGCUGGAAUCCUUUUAUCAGAGAAGAAAUGGACAGUCAUUGGGGGAUUUGCCUAUGUAGGUGAAUAUCUUGUAGAGGCUACCCCGUGGGAAACUGAGGGAUUGUGAGUCUCCUGGUAAUAAAUUCAUAGAGCAAGCCUAAAUAAGGACCAGUGAUCCACUGUUUUUUGUUAAAAAGUAUUUUGAAGCAGUUUUCCUGGAUUGUACUUGCUUCUGUAACAUGUGUAUAUUCCUCUUGUUGCUAUUCACUUAGACUGUUGUUGUGUUUGCCCCAAGAAUAAACUUGUCUUUCAA